AUGGUCGUCACUCGUAAAGCGGGAAGCCUACCAAAGGAUUUGCGCAACACGCUUAGUAGAGGCAACGCACAGGCACCUUUAGGGAAAUCUAUGCAGCCGUCCCAACAACGAGCAGAACCCAGAGCCAUCACACAAUUGGCGUCACAACUUGCGUUACCAGUUGGACAACCAUUAACACAUGAAGAAGAGAGGCCUAGAAUGACUGUGACUGUGGCAGAAGCCGUGGGUCGUUUACUAGAGGCGUUGGGGCAAAAUCCUGUAGCAGAUGUAGUCCCCGAUCGUGUGGACCCUGCCACCAAAGCACGAGGACAAUCGACCGGUCGUGGCCAACCUCGACAUGGUGUUCAAAAAUCUGGUCUGCCGUGUCGACCAGAACCAUCACGGACUCAGGUUGAUCGACAAGGAUCGCACAAUCGCCAAUCAGUUUUUGAUCGUUUGAGCCCUGAGAAUACGACUACCAGUGCCCCGCGACAUGCCCGUCACAAUCCUCGUCGUCGUCACGAGGAAGCAAUGCGACGAUUGAAAGGCAAGGAAAAGAUGCACGAGGAAGCAAUGCGACGAUUGAAAGGCAAGGAAAAGAUGGAGGAACGACAUGAGAAGGGUGGCCAAGGCAAGGAAAAGAUGGAGGAACGACAUGAGAAGGGUGGCCCUCAAACGAUAAAGAUGGAGGAACGACAUGAGAAGGGUGGCCCUCAAACGAUUGAAGAAAGUAGUGGACAUGAGAAGGGUGGCCCUCAAACGAUUGAAGAAAGUAGUGCUGAGACCCCUGAACCAAUUCGGGAAAUCCAGGGUCGAAAGAUCGCAGAAUUGGAAGAAGAGAUGCGCAAUCUACAACGCCAUUUAAAGGGGAAAGACGGACCUACCACUCGGUUUCAGUUGUCCAUCGAACCUUUCUCUGCCAAAGUCCAAAAUUACAAAGUCCCGAAGGAUUUUAAGUUCCCGUCUAUGCCUACUUACGAUGGGUCUAGUGAUCCUAGUGAUCAUUUAAUAGGAUUCCAAGCCAAAAUGCUGAUAGCUGGAGCUAAGGAUCCUAUGUAUUGCCGUGUAUUUGUCUCUACAUUAGAGGGAAUAGCUCGGGAUUGGUUCAUUUCUUUGCCUCGUGGAUCAGUAAGUACCUUUGAAGAUCUAGCCAAUCAGUUCCUUACCCGUUUCGCUGGUAGCAUGCGAGCUAGGAAACACUUUACCGAUCUUACUGAGGUAAAUCAAGGGGAAUACGAGAGUUUAAAAGACUACAUCAAGCGGUGGCAAAAAGAGAUACAGGCGGUGGACGGGAUAGAUGAUAAAUCUGCUUUAAUGAUGUUUAUGCGCUCACUCCGAUCAGGUAAAUUAUUCGAAGAUUUGUUUAUGCGCUCACUCCGAUCAGGUAAAUUAUUCGAAGAUUUGCGGAAUAAUACUCCUGAUACUUAUGCUCAAGCUAUCCAGCGGGCUAAUCGAUAUGCUGAAACUGAGCAAGCUCUGAAAUUAAAGAAGAAGCAGGAAGGAGGGUCGUCGUCCAAACGACCUAGGGAAGAAAUUGAGCAGCGUCCAAGGGACCGCCCGAUUGGAGGGGACAAAAGGCGAAACGGAUUGGAGAGGCCAUCUGGUUUCCAACUUGGUGGGACUCGAACACAAGGUACUUUACCCUUACAUGAAGUACGUCAAGUUGGCCAUAUUGAUGCUCCUGCACUCCCGCCUUUGCCCCCUGUCUACAAUCUACCACGUUUUCCCAACAAUGCGAAAUAUUGUCGAUAUCACCGACGAUCUGGGCAUUCCACGGAGGAGUGUACAACGCUACAAAGGGAAAUAGAGAGUCUGAUUCAUAAAGGCCGGCCAAUUGAUCGACCGACGAACCAAUCGCGUCGACCGCCGCUAACGGGGCAUGACACGGCUUCGCCUUCAGAGAAACAAACAAUUCCUACUCUAGAUGAUCGGGGAAAACGACCAGUGGAGGAAGAAGAAGGCCGGGAGGAGCAGAAUUGGAAACACAGCAAACCAGUGAUCAAUAUAAUUUAUGGCGGUCCGGAAGGUGGCGAUUCGGCUCGGGAAAGGAAACAAUGGGGUAGACAGCUUUAUGUAGGGGCAAUUCAACAUGCAGUCGCCCCAAAGAAGCCUAGAAGGGACCCAAUCAUUUUCACGGAUGAUGAUAUACCGCAUGGAACGGUCCUGCACCGAGAUGCUCUGAUGAUAGCCAUAGAUAUAAAAGGAACAGUCGUUCGGCGAGUGUUUGUGGACACAGGAAGCAGUGUAAAUGUGAUGUAUGCAGUGUUUGUGGACACAGGAAGCAGUGUAAAUGUGAUGUAUGCAGAUACUUUCAAUAAGCUUGGUUUAGACCAAACGAAGUAUGCAGAUACUUUCAAUAAGCUUGGUUUAGACCAAACGAAACUCGCAGAUACUUUCAAUAAGCUUGGUUUAGACCAAACGAAACUCGUACCAGUUAGGACCCCGUUGGCUGGGUUCACCGGUGAUAGCAUUGAAGCUGAAGGACGCAUCGUUUUACCUGUCGAGAUCGGACAAUACCCUAGGGUGCGAAAGCUGGACAUGGAAUUUGUAGUGGUCAAAUUGACCUCCACUCAUAAUAUCAUCUUGGGUCGUCCGGGCUUGGAAGACCUAGGAGCAGUCGUGUCACUCGAACACCUCUGCUUGAAGUUCAGAACGCCUGAAGGAGUUGGAGUUGCAAGAUGCGAUCAGCGGAUAGCUCGGUCUUGCUAUCUUAAAGCAUGUCGUUCGAUUGGGGAAAAAGACAUGCGAAUCCAUACCAUCGCAGAAAAAGCCAAGCAGAAGGAAUCAGUUGAACGGCCGGAGCCUGCCGUUGAGUUAGAAGAAGUCGUCUUGGAGAUUGCCCACCCAAACAGGACAGUGAGGUUAGGCCUCGGGCUAACCAAGGAGGUUAGAGAAUCCAUUUUGCAAGUAUUAAGGGAGUACAAGAUGAUAUUCGCGUGGGGGCCGGAAGACAUGCCCGGGAUUGACCGAUCAGUGAUUACACACCGAUUAGCCGUCAGCCCAGCAGCCCGACCUGUGGUUCAGAGGAAAAGGUUUCUAGCCACAGAAAGACGUGAAUUUGUGAAGAAAGAAGUAGCAACCCUACUCAAGAUCGGCCAUAUCCGGGAAGUUAAGUAUCCAACAUGGUUAGCCAAUGUGGUGUUGGUUCCGAAGCCUCCAGCAUGGAGAAUGUGCGUGGACUACACCGACUUAAACAAGGCGUGUCCCAAGGACCCCUUUCCCCUUCCGAUGAUAGAUUUGUUGGUUGACCAGACUGCCGGAUGUGCCCUACUCAGUUUUAUGGACGCUUUUCGUGGCUAUCACCAAAUUUUCAUGGAGAAGGAGGACGAGGAGAAAACCGCCUUCAUUACCCCAGAUGGAGUUUACUGUUAUAAGGUGAUGCCGUUCGGUCUCAAGAACUCUGGUGCGACCUUCACUCGAAUGAUAGCUCGAAUAUUUGGGGAACAACUCGGCAAGGGAAUGGAAACUUACGUCGAUGAUUUGCUGGUCAAAAGUAAGGAAGCAGCCGAGCAUUCCUCAGAGUUGAAAGCCAGUUUUGAGCUAAUGAAGAAAUAUAAUAUGCGGCUGAAUCCAAAGAAGUGUGCCUUUGCUGUGAAAGGAGGAAAAUUUCUAGGAUAUAUGGUCACGCAACGAGGAAUCGAACCCAAUCCUGAGAAGGUAAAAGCAAUAUUGGACAUGAAGCCACCGACUACCUUGAAAGAAGUCCAAAGAUUGACUGGUUGCUUAGCGGCUCUCAGCCGAUUCUUCUCAAAAUCAGCUGAGAGAGCCUUACCGUUCUUCGAAGUAAUAAGGAAAAGGGAUAGCUUCAAGUGGACCACCGAGUGCUAG